CCCGCCGAUCAUCCUCCCAUCACAUCGCGCCGGUCAGUGGUCACUCGCGCCGUAAUCACACGCGCCUUCCGUAACACUCGGGCGAGGAGCGGAAGCCACGAGAAGCCGAGAGCACGCACGCGCGCACGCGACGCCAACUAACGCGCCUCCCCCACGUUUCCAGGGAGCUCGCCACGUCUGACCAACCAGCCAACCAACCAACCACCACCCCGUGCUGGCCCGGAGAACUCCGACGAGGACGGGACGGAGCUGAACCGGGAGGCGCGGCCGCGGCGAUGGCCGGGUGGCGGGCCUAGGCGGGGGAGCGGCGAGCGCAUGGCGUCGUCGAGGGUGAUGGCGUCGUCGUCGUCGAAGCCGCCGUCGCACACGGCGUCGGAUCUCGCGCGCUUCGCGCAGGCAGCUGGGAGGCCCGGCGGCGGGGGCGGCAGCGGGCUGGGGUCCAUGAACGUGGAGGAGCUGCUCCGCGGCAUCUACGGCGACGCCCCCACGCCGGCGCCCGACCGGCCGGCGUCGCCCCCCGUCCCGCCGCUCCCGGCGCCAUCGCGGCAACAGGCGACCGCGCGGCGGACGGCGGACGAGGUGUGGAGAGAGAUCACCGGCGGUAGCGGCGGGGAGGAGGAGGCGGCCCCGGCCUCCGCUGGCGGGGCCGGGGAGAUGACGCUGGAGGACUUCCUGGCGAGGGAGGACGGCGCCGUCGUCAGGGGGACGGAGGAGCAGGUGGCGAUGCCGACGAUGGCGCUUCUCGGCGGGGCGGAGGGCGCGCGGGGCGGCGGGAGGGGGAGGAAGCGGCAGCUCAUGGACCCCAUGGACCGCGCCGCGAUGCAGCGGCAUAAGCGGAUGAUCAAGAACCGCGAGUCCGCCGCGAGGUCACGGGAGAGGAAGCAGGCCUACAUAGCGGAGCUCGAGUCGCUGGUCACCCAGCUCGAAGAGGAGAACGCCCACCUGUCCAAAGAACAGGAGGAGGCAAACCAGAGACGGCUGAAAGAGCUCAAGGAAAAAUUGACUCCAGUCAUUAUUGCAAAAACGCCGUCACAAGAUCUUAGAAGAACAAACUCAAUGGAGUGGUAGACAUGAGCCAAGCUCAGUAGCCAUCCCCUUACAGCUAUGUAGAUUUUGAUUUGUUUGUCUGUCAUUCCUCUGUUUAUUGGAGUUAACUCAGUUGUUGUAACUUAGUAGAUAUAGCAUAAACAGCUUAAAUGGAAUCAUAAUGUGUAGAGCGGAAGGCUGCGUUUGAGCAAAAUGGAAUCUCAUCAGCAGCUUAUAUUC